AUGGACGCCCCUCCCGGGGAUGCGGUGCUGCGCGUGGCUGAGCUGGCAGAGAGCUGCACCGUGGAGCACACUGCAGGCCGCCCAAGCAUGGCGCUCAUCGCCACCCAGCUGCACGCCGUCCGGGAGGAGGUGGCGGGGAGACAGGAGCUGGGUGCAGCGGCUAAGGUGGAUGCACAGGUUGAGAAGAUGAAGAGUGCAGUUGGUAGCGUGCUAAGCCUAGAUACGGAGAUCAACUUCAUUGCGGAAAACUGUUCUUGA